UUUGUCUGUUGCCAUACAUGAGACACUGGAUGCAGUCUGCUCAUUUGGUUGCCUUUAUAUGAAGCAAUCAGGUUGGAAUGAAGGGAAUUCUCUGUGUAUUUUCCUCAAGAUGAUCGCUGGCUGCAGCGUCUGACUGUAUAACUCCAUUCAUUGUUCUGUCUGCUUUUGUCAUCACUCCUUAUAUCUGUAGAGGAUUCUUAGUCGCAGUGUUUGCAACGUCUCCCGGGACGUUACGUUAGGUCCGACAAGGCCUCACUUUAUGCUUUCUAGCCAUUUGCUUGUUCUCCACUGUCCAGUCCUUCUCCUAAAUGUGCUAAAAUCGGUCAGACCGGUGCUGCGACCACGAAGGACGCGUCUAACAGCGAGAAGCCACUAUAAAUAAUAAAAUAAUUCCUUUACGAUGUAACCACGUCUUUAGGAGACUCUCUAAGCUGGGAAGUCUGCUUUUUACUUUGAUGCUGGUAACUAUAACUCCAGACUGCUAAACUGAUAAUUACAAGGUAUGAAGAUGAAUGAUGUCUCCCGCUCUCCUCAGUGAAGUUGUGUUGUUUGACUGGAUUCAUUAAGGAAUACAAAGAAAUCGUUGCGAGGGAUCAAUAAUGGUGGCUCCUGGCAGCAGAAUGCAAACCCAUUGGUUGUUUUUUCUUAUCGCCAUCUUGCAGUGUACAGAAGCUUUUAGCCGAGCAGCAUUGCCCUUUGGUCUCGUGCGGCGGGAACUCGCCUGCGAAGGAUAUCAAAUUGAUCUCCGAUGUCCAGGAAGCGACGUCAUUAUGAUCGAAAGUGCCAACUAUGGUCGUACAGAUGACAAGAUCUGUGACGCGGAUCCCUUUCAGAUGGAGAACAUAGACUGCCAUCUUCCAGAUGCCUAUAAAAUCAUGUCACAGAGGUGUAACAAUAGGACGCAGUGUGUGGUGAUCACAGGAUCGGACGUGUUCCCUGACCCGUGUCCAGGGACCUACAAGUACUUGGAAGUGCAAUAUGAAUGUGUACCAUACAUAUUUGUUUGCCCCGGAGUGUUGAAAGGAGUUGUGGACUCUCCGUAUAUUUUUGAAGCGGAGCAGAAGGCAGGAGCCUGGUGUAAAGACCCCCUCCAAGCGGCAGAUAAAAUUUAUUUUAUGCCCUGGACUCCGUACCGUACGGAUACUUUAACAGAAUACGCUUCUUUGCAAGAUUUCCAAAAUGGCCGACAGACUACAACCUAUAAACUCCCUAACCGAGUGGAUGGCACAGGAUUUGUGGUUUAUGAUGGAGCCGUGUUUUUUAAUAAGGAAAGGACCAGGAAUAUUGUUAAAUUCGACCUGAGGACUAGAAUCAAGAGCGGGGAAGCCAUUAUUAAUUAUGCAAAUUACCACGACACCUCCCCAUACAGGUGGGGCGGGAAAACGGACAUUGACCUGGCCGUGGAUGAGAAUGGUUUGUGGGUGAUUUACGCAACGGAACAGAACAACGGAAUGAUUGUGAUCAGCCAGCUAAACCCUUACACUCUACGGUUUGAGGCAACGUUUGAAACCGCUUACGAUAAGCGGGCAGCUUCGAACGCCUUCAUGAUAUGUGGCAUCCUCUACGUCGUGCGGUCGGUUUACCAGGACAACGAGAGCGAAACCGGGAAGAACUCCAUUGACUAUAUUUAUAAUACCAAGCUGGACCGAGGAGAAUCUGUAGAUAUUCCUUUCCCCAAUCAGUAUCAGUACAUCACCGCUGUGGAUUACAACCCUAGGGACAACCAGCUGUACGUGUGGAAUAACAACUUCAUUCUACGAUACUCUCUAGAGUUUAUUCUUCAGGACCUAGCCCAAGUGCCUACAACCGUAGUGGUAGAAACACCGCCAGUCGAGAUUCUUAAGACGACCGUAUCCACUACCACUACAACUUCACAGAAAGGUCUAAUUAGCACAACAUCCACUGUAGGUACAAAGGAAGGGAGCAGAGGACCCAAGCCCCCAGCCAUCCUCUCCACCACAAAGAACCCUCCGCUCACCAGCGUCUUCCCUCUGCCGGAGAAGUUCUGUGAAGCGAAGGAUGCCAGGGGGAUCAGCUGGCCUCAGACACCGAGAGGAAAGGUGGUAGAACGACCCUGCCCCAAGGGGACACGAGGGAUGGCUUCGUAUCUGUGUCUGAUCUCCUCUGGUACCUGGAACGAUAAAGGCCCCGAUCUCAGCAACUGUACCUCACACUGGGUCAACCAGCUUGCCCAAAAGAUUAGAAGUGGAGAGAACGCUGCUAACCUGGCCAACGAACUGGCAAAACACACAAAAAAUGCGGUGUUUGCCGGAGAUGUCAGCUCCUCGGUCCGGCUUAUGGAGCAGUUGGUUGACAUCCUGGACGCUCAGUUACAGGAGCUGAAGCCAAGUGAGAAAGACUCUGUGGGACGCAGCUACAACAAGCUUCAAAAGCGAGAGAAGACUUGCAGGGCUUACUUAAAGGCUAUAGUUGACACGGUGGACAAUCUGCUCCGAUUUGAUGCUCUGCAAUCUUGGAGAGACAUGAACUCCUCAGAACAAACUCACGCUGCUACAAUGUUACUGGAUACUCUGGAGGAAGGGGCUUUUGUACUGGCGGACAACCUUGCGGACCCCACCAGGAUCACCAUGCCUACAGAAAACAUAAUUCUGGAGGUGGCCGUGCUCAGUACAGAGGGCCAGGUGCAAGAGCUGAAAUUUCCUCAGGGCAGUAAAGGAGGGAACCUGAUCCAGCUCUCUGCUAACACCGUCAAACAGAACAGCCGAAAUGGUCUGGCAAAGCUGGUCUUCAUUCUCUACAAGAGCCUCGGCCAGUUCCUCAGCACGGAAAACGCCACCAUAAAACUAGCGGCGGAUCUGGUUGGCCGGAACAACACCAUCGCAGUCAAUUCUCACGUCAUCGCAGCAUCCAUAAACAAGGAGUCCAGCCGCGUGUUCCUAACGGAUCCCGUCUUUUUCACCCUGAAGCACAUCGACGCUGACAAUUAUUUUAAUGCCAAUUGCUCUUUCUGGAAUUACUCGGAGAGAACGAUGAUGGGGUACUGGUCCACCCAGGGUUGCCGAUUGGUAGAAACGAAUAAAACCCACACGACCUGUGCUUGCAGCCACUUAACAAACUUUGCGAUACUCAUGGCCCACCGAGAGAUUGUGUACACAGACAGUCGUCACGAGUGGCUGAUGAGCGUCAUCACAUGGGUGGGAAUCGUCAUAUCCCUCAUCUGCCUCGCCAUUUGUAUAUUUACCUUCUGCUUUUUCCGCGGCCUCCAGAGCGAUCGAAACACAAUACACAAGAACCUUUGUAUCAACCUGUUCAUUGCAGAAUUCCUGUUUCUGAUCGGCAUCGAUAAAACAGACUUCGUGAUUGCCUGUCCCAUAUUCGCUGGCCUCCUCCACUUCUUCUUCCUGGCGGCCUUUGCCUGGAUGUGUCUGGAAGGCGUCCAGCUUUACCUCAUGCUUGUGGAAGUAUUUGAGAGCGAAUAUUCAAGGAAAAAGUAUUACUACGUAGUGGGUUAUCUGUUUCCUGCCACCGUGGUCGGAGUCUCGGCCGCCAUUGACUACAAGAGCUACGGCACUGACAAGGCGUGCUGGCUGCGGAGAGACAACAAUUUCAUCUUCAGUUUUAUUGGCCCAGUAGCUUUCAUCAUUUUGCUCAAUCUUGUGUUUCUGGCAAUCACGCUCUGCAAAAUGGUGAAACACUCCAACACUUUAAAGCCAGACUCCAGCCGCUUGGAAAACAUUAAUAAUUACCGUGUAUGUGACGGCUACUAUAAUACGGACUUACCUGGAUAUGAAGAUAAUAAGCCUUUUAUCAAGUCCUGGGUUCUUGGUGCAUUUGCUCUCCUGUGUCUGCUUGGCCUUACGUGGUCUUUUGGUCUAUUGUUCAUCAACGAGGAGACGGUUGUGAUGACGUACCUAUUCACAGUGUUCAACGCCUUCCAGGGAAUGUUUAUUUUUAUAUUCCACUGUGCCCUUCAGAAAAAAGUGCGCAAAGAAUACAGCAAGUGUUUCCGCCACACCUACUGCUGUGGCGGUCUCCCAACCGAAAGCCCCCACAGCGUGGUGAAAGCGUCAACGGCGAGGACCAGCGCGCGCUAUUCCUCUGGCACCCAGAGCCGGAUCCGAAGAAUGUGGAAUGACACAGUGAGAAAGCAAUCAGAAUCCUCCUUUAUCUCAGGUGACAUAAACAGUACCUCUACCCUUAAUCAAGGAAUGACUGGCAAUUAUCUACUAACAAACCCUCUUCUUCGACCCCACGGCACUAACAAUCCUUAUAACACAUUGCUCGCCGAAACUGUUGUAUGUAAUACCCCUGCUGCUCCGGUGUUUAAUCCACCAGUGAGCUACAGAGAGACAAGACAUUCACUGAACAAUGCCAGGGAUUCAAGUGCCAUGGAUACUCUACCGCUAAAUGGUAACUUUAACAACAGCUACUCUCUGCGGAACGGGGAUUACAGUGACGGAGUGCAAGUUGUGGACUGUGGACUAAGUCUGAAUGAUACAGCGUUCGAAAAGAUGAUCAUUUCAGAACUAGUGCACAACAACCUGCGGUGCAGCAUCAAGAACCACAACCUGGAGAGGACCCUGCCUAUCAAAACUGUUAUUGGCGGAAGCAGCAGUGAAGACGACGCAAUCGUCGCUGACGCUUCCUCCUUAAUGCACAGCGACAACCACGGGCUGGAGCUUCACCACAAAGAGUUAGAAGCGCCGCUCAUUCCGCAACGGACUCACUCUCUUCUGUACCACCCACAGAAAAAAGUGAAGACCGAAGGAACGGACAGUUACGUGUCGCAGUUAACCUCCGAGGCUGAAGACAAUCUUCAAUCCCCAAACAGAGACUCCCUCUACACUAGUAUGCCCAACCUACGGGACUCUCCUUACCCAGAUAGUAGCCCUGACGUGGUAGAGGAUUUAUCACCCUCAAGGAAGAGUGAAAACGAGGACGUUUACUAUAAAAGCAUGCCAAAUCUUGGAGCUGGACACCAUCUUCAAAUGUACUAUCAGAUAAGCAGGGGCAAUAGCGACGGUUAUAUCAUACCCAUAAACAAAGAAGGGUGCGUCCCAGAAGGCGAUGUCAGAGAAGGACAAAUGCAACUAGUCACAAGUCUUUAAUAAAGAGAUUUUGUAGGAGAGAAAAUGGUUCAUGCAGGUAUUAAAAGACUCAAGUUCAUUCAACUGAGGCCAACGUAUUUGCGAUUGGCAGCCUAGUAAGAAUCGCAACUCUUCACUGUGCCGGAGAGUGACGGACUUUUUCAGUUCUGUGAAUUUUUUUUUUUUUUUUUUAUAAAUAAAAUUAAAAAAAAGAAAGAAACUUUGUAUAUACACAGAUUAUACUAAAAUUAUUUGUUACAAAGCAAAGAGGUACCAACACGGUAUUUAAAAUAUCUGCUGCUGCUGCUGAGUAAAGACUUUGGGGGGGUGGGGGAAUAAAAUAAAAGUUGGUGAAUCUGCCAUUUUUUUUUUCUGCAGCAGCAGCUCCAGAACCUGAUUUGUAAAUAACGGCUGCCAUUUUGUGAGGCCUGCAUUGUAUUAUAUACAAGAUGUAGGCAUCGAAAUCCUGUGGGAUAGAUUUACUGUACCAUAGUUUUUCUGAGUAGUCUGCGGGAUGUUUUUGAUUUUUUUUUCCUUCGAUUCCUCCCCCCACCCCCCCUGCUUUGCAGGUCACUGCAGAUCCUUUCCAUUAAGAGUAAGAACAUGUCUAACCACUAGCAAACAAGCCACUGGCCUUAUUUCAUAUGUUUUCUCAAAUGUACAAUGAACUGUUAUCAUGGAAAAAAAAACUAAUGGUAAAAUAAAUUAUAUUUUGAUCUAUUGCUAGGGUGAAAUACAUUUGUGUCCAAACUGAAAUAUAAUUUGUCGAUUUAAAUCAUUUUGAAAGAUUGAAAGAAAAUAUUGUGAAAAUCUCACAAAUGCUCCCCCCCCCCCCCCCCCCCUUUCCUUUCCAUACACGCUUGUUCAUUGUGGUAUUAAAUGAGGCGAAUCCUUUCCAUUAUUGCCUUUUUCAUGAAGUUUGGCCAACACUAGAUUUCUCUAUUUUGUUUGAAGCCAAAUGCAUUUUUUAAAUACCUUUGUUGUAUAUUCAGGAGCCAAUAUUACUGUUAAUUGCACAAGUCUUAGAGAAAUCCGGCAGAUUACUUAACGGUGAUUAUUGGCACAAGAUUCUCAUCUGAAUUCUGAAACAAGCGGUGCCUGUUAAAGAUAUAUAUAUAUAUUUUAUUUUUUUUCAAUAACAGUCCGGUAUAUUACUCCAUGAUUUUUUGCCUCUGUUUUGCCAUUAAUUUAUUUUAUAAUUAAAGCAAUGUGUACAUUUUCAGUGAAAA